GUCGGACCUGAAAGCCUGCCACCUACUGCUGUGCAUGGAUUGCCAAGUUAAGAUGCUGUCCGUCCACCAGUUCCAGAAGACAGCACUCCAGGGCAUCAGGAACCUCAAGUAUCUGCUCAGCAAAGUCAAUAUUGCACCGUCUUUCCAACCAAUUGUAAUUGAGCAUGAAGAUGUAAAACCAGAGAUCAUAACUAUUAAAAUAGAACCAGGAACACAACCACCCGCUGUCAAUGAGGCACGUAGUGCUCCGACACUGCAAGAUUCAAAUACACUAGAAGAGAAAAUCGAGCCACCUGAGACAGUGCCUUUGCCUCAAACUGCGGGCAAUUCAAGUUCAUCGGUGAAUUGUGAGUCUGUCAGACGUGAACCAAGCAGUGAACAGCCUACCAGAAGUACCUCGACCACUAAAGCAACCCAAACAACUGUGAAGAGGAGAACAUUAUCAAGGAAUCCCGCGAACACUGCCAAAACAGGCAACACAAGGAAAUACGCCACCAGGACUUUGAGGAGCAGCGCGCGAAAUUACUCGUACAAAAUUAAGCUCCGUGCGAAGCAGCUACCAUGCCCGCACUGCGAUCAAAAGUUAAGUCACACUGGCAGCCUGCGAGCUCAUGUUAAGAAACACAACGCGGAACCGUCCAAAUGCGACGAGCGUGGUGCGACGUGUGUUGGCAAAGUGUACGCACGUGCUAGCCUGCGGCAGCGCGCGAGCACCGUGCACGAGAAGCGUGCCACGCGGGUCACUCACGCGUGUGACCUGUGCGGGAAGGCCUUCAAGGUGAAAAAAAGUUUGACAGAGCACUUACUGACGCACCAGGGCCUCCGGCCGUACACGUGCCAGCUGUGUCCCGCCACCUUCUCCUACAACGGCGCCCUCUGUGACCACUCCAACGCCAAACACCUCAAGAAGAAGAGGAAACAGACCAAACACGAAACGGACAGUGUACAAGAAGAUUAAAAAUAUUUCGAUCUUAGUUUUAAAGACCUUGAAAAUAACCAGAAAUGCUUCCAAAACGUGUUCUGCCAUAUCAAAACCAAGCCUCACGUGUCUGUGGCGAUUUUCAUUGACAGUUUAACGAAAAAAGUACAUCAAAAACUGCUGUAACAUGGGAGAGAAACCAUACUAGUGCGAAAUAUGCAAAAGCAAGACACAACAGCGAGUUACUAACGCACCAGGGCCUUGGACCGUGUCAGUGCAAGCUACGCUUCCCUCUUCAACAACGCCAC